CAGCGACGCACACCGCCAACAUGCUGUGCUGGUCAAGGGUUUUACUGCUGCUGUGCGUCCUGCUUCUGGCUGCUGCCACCGAGGACAGUGAGGAACAGCAGAAAGAACAUGAUGAGCCUGAACACCUGAAUGAUGAUGAUGACAGAGGUGCCCCCCAGGAUGUGACGGUGACAGCAGUGUCAGAGAGCGCCCUAAGAGUAUCAUGGGAGCCGCCAUCUGAAGAUCCCGACUAUUACAGUAUCGCUGUUGAUACUGAGCCGGGAGUACCAGUAUACAACACCUCUUACAUCUUGGAAGGACUGGAAUCGUGUACAGAAUAUGAGGUUUCAGUAGCAUCUGAGUACGGGCAUGAUGAGUAUUUGGCUGAGCCUGUGUUGGGCAAAACAUUGGAUAUAGUGCCGCCUUCACCACUGAGCUGCCUGUUUGACAACAUUACCUCUAACGCGAUGGUUAUUUCCUGGGAUAAGCCACACUUUAAGUGUUCCAUUAUGAACUACAGCGUCAGCUGGUCGUGGAACACCUUGUGGAAGGAGGCAAAUGGUUCAGGAGAAGUCUUUACAACAGAACUUACCGCCAACUUAACAGACCUUCUGCCAUACGCCAACGUGACAGCUGAUGUUGCAGCCGCCACUAAGGCUGGGUUUGGUCUUCCCACAACAUGCUGGAAUGUUACGCUUCAGGAGAGAGGUGCCCCCCAGGAUGUGACGGUGACAGCAGUGUCAGAGAGCGCCCUAAGAGUAUCAUGGGACCCGCCAUCUGAAGAUCCCGACUGUUACAAUAUCGCUGUUGAUACUGAGCCGGCAGUAUCAGUAUACAACACCUCUUACAUCUUGGAAGGACUGGAACCGUGUACAAGAUUGUCGGUUUCAGUAGCGUCUGAGUACGGGAAUGACGAGCAUAUGGCUCCCCCUGUGAUGGGCAAAACAUUGGAUUCAUUGCCGCCUUCACCACUGAGCUGCCUGUUUGACAACAUUACCUCUAACGCGAUGGUUAUUUCCUGGGAUAAGCCACACUUUACGUGUUUCAUUAUGAACUACAGCGUCAGCUGGUCGUGGAACACCUUGUGGAAGGAGGCAAAUGGUUCAGGAGAAGUCUUUACAACAGAACUUACCGCCAAAUUACCAGACAUUCCGCCAUACGCCAACGUGACAGUUGAUGUUGCAGCCGCCACUAAGGCUGGGUUUGGUCUUCCCACAACAUGCUGGAAUGUUACGCUUCAGGAGAAGCCGGGGAAACCGAUCAUCGAUGUCAUAACACCUUAUGAGGGUUCAGCUUCCAUCACCUGGUCACCACCUGAGAAGAUCAACGGAGUAAUAUUGAACUAUGAUAUUUUUACCAUCAAGGGAAACACAAAAAGUAAUCAAACUGUGAAAGGAACAGUGUUGAUGAUGAUGGUUGAGGGGUUAGAGCCAUGUAAGACGUACAGCUUCACUGUCAGAGCUUCAACUGAGCCAGGACAUGGGCCGAUGAGUGAUGCUCUGAGUACUAUAAUCUACGGUAACUAUCCACCGUCGAAUGUAACUUGUAGUGUCGAUGAGGCCAAUGAUAACGUGGAAAUGUUCUGGGAGUCCUCUCGCCCUUACUGUCCUGUCUCCAACUACAGUAUCAACUGGAACGGUACAGUAUUAUGGAGUAACCAGACACUGUCGGACAGUGAACUCUUACCAUGGUUAAAUAAGACUGAAAGGUCUUUCCAACCGAGAGAUUCAGUACCGUAUACAUAUUACACCAUGUGUGUCAGCGUGUGGGGCCACACCAAUGAGAGCACGUGUUGUUCAGAAGUGAGCCCAGAGUCUGUUCCAGACGCGCCUGUCCUCCAGGACCUGCAGGUUCACCGAAACUCUCUCACCGUCAGUUGGAUUAAGCCAGUAAAAGAGAAUGGGAAGCUUGAUGAAUACAGAGUCAAUUGGCAUAAUACAAAUGGCAGUACUGGUCAAGAUCCAGUGGGUGCACCCAUCUGUGAAGAUGUGAUCAAGGGUGUGCAGGUAUGUGAGAACUACACCGUCACUGUCCAAGCACACACUGGGGCUGAGUGGAGCAGUGAAUCUAAACUGAGGACUGCAGUGAUCACAAAUUACAUUUCAGAAUCCGGUCUGAAUUGCUGCAAUGAGGAGACCAGACAAGUGGAGCUCAGCUGGAGUCUGGCAACCUCUGAGUGCCUCGUGUCUCGCUACAACUUGUACUGGAACACAACUGUUAUUUGGUCACAACACACUAGUUCCCAGAAUAUAACUAUUGCUGGGAGUGAGACGAGUCACGUGUUACAUGACCUGGAACCAUACACUAAGGUUUUCUCAUGCUUGAACGUCGUGGACAAGGAAGACGAGUCUACUUGCUGUUCAAUCACUACACAGGAGGAGGAGGCCAGUGCACCUAAAGACUUGAAGGUGUUGAGCAAGACCCAGCACACGGCCUCCGUUAAUUGGUCAUUACCUGAGAGCCUAAACGGAGAGCUAAAAGGCUGGCAUCUAAACCUGACACUCGACAAUGAAGUGAUAUAUGAGGCUAACUUAAGUGGAUCUUCCACCCAGUACACGUUUAACAACCUGCAACCCUCCACUGAAUAUAACGUUUCUAUAAGGGCUUACAACGGAGCGGGUCUUGGGGCUCCAGCAGAGAUAAUAAUUAACACAGUGCCGACGCCGCCCUCUCACGUCGGAAUGAUCGCGGGAGCUUCUGUAGGUGGUGUGUUGAUCCUGGUGGUGCUUGUGGCCGGUGGUAUAUUUGUUUUUAAAAAGAUACCGAGAAAAAGUCCGUCGUCCCCUGGAAUUAACCUUGAGUUAGAUCCAAGCGACAAGGAUGCUGUGCUUGAUAUGUAUCAGCGCCAAAAUCGAAGCUACAAGGAACAGCGAUAUAUGUUGAAGAAAUAGAUGGCAGGGAUGAAAAAAACAAAACAUUAACCUGCAACUUUAACCUCUUGUGUACAAUAGACAAUAAAGGGAUCGAUACGUGUAUUGUACAGUAUUUAAGUAAAGUGUAUGAAAAUGGUGCGAAAAGUUACUAUCUAUGUAAACUCACACCAAAAAAAGUAUCUUAAUAAUUUUGUGUGAGACAUUAUGACACAAUAAACUAAGGAUUUUGAUAACCUUACCGAGACAGCAAGAGUCGUAGUGUUCAUUUUGUAAUACAUCGAACACCCUCCGUGUAGAUACUCUUUUGGAGCGUACAGCAAGAAGAGGCCUGAAGCAGAUAAUUUCUUUGAUGGUGACAGUGCUUGAGAAGAAAAUCGACGUGGAUAGAUUCACAUUGUAUACGUACUGAUAAUGUAUUAGCUUUAUAUAUUCACACUUAUAUGAGUCGUUUGUGUACUAUAAAAACCAAACAAAACAAAACGAUAAUUAGUAGAAACACUGAGGGUCCAUUUCGACUUUUGAUGAUCGUUUAGCUGUUUUUUAUUCUUCACGGUGAUGUAACUUAGUGUCAAAUGUUAAUAGUAGUUUGGGACAUUGUCUUAGUACCCACAGAUAAGACGUCUCGGUAACGAGGUCAUCUUACUGGUAUUGAUACUUCACUGAUAGCAGAAUUUAAUAUGUUGUAUUAUGUGUACAUACAUUUCUAUUUUCAAGGUAUGAGAGGUAGUUAGUUAAUUUGGGAUUCUAGUCUAGGCUUAGUCUCAUAAGGUAACCAUUAUCAGGCAAGAAACAGUGACAGAUUAACACCAACAUGACCACUGACUAGAGAGAUUGAUCAAGGUCAGGGAGGAAGGUGGGGUGGGUGGGUCAACAACAGUUUUAGUGCACCUUGUUUCCGCUGUUUAUUUUGGUGAUGUUUGUAACUUAUUAAUUAAAAUAGAUUCCAGGGUGAUUGAUGAAUGUAGGGAGCGUCUCUGUUAGUUCGUUAGUCACAUUAUUUCCCGUUAGUCAUUAUACAACUGGAAAAGGUCAUAUUGAGUAUAUUUUUUUUAAGCCAAAUUUGAGAUAAAAAUUGAAUGACGGGAGAGCAGGUGAGAACACAGAGCAAACAACUUAAACUCACCUAAACCCAUAAAUUACUCUUAAUCGAGCAUCAUGGAGGUAAUUUUCAUAAAAGAAGGAGGUGGUAAAGAGGGGGUAGAUGGACAGUAUAAGAGUAGUUUCUAGCACAGGUCAUCUGAUCCCCACUGUGUGUCGCCCAGCAGACGUUAUUCGCUUAACACUGCACAUUCCUUCUCUACCACAAGUAAAUCCUAACACUUUCUUACUGGUACAUUAUCAGUAAUUUAAUCCUAACAUACCAACACAGACAGUGGCGCACCAAAGUCUGGGAGAGGGAGGUAACAGAGAGGGCUGAUUGCAUCCCUUACUGACGGUAUGAACAGCAACAAAAUAAGCUUAAAGUAAUUACCAUUAACUCUUCAUCAUUCCUGGUUGGGGCUCACAGCGGAGACAGGCAGAUUAGUGCUGCUUAAUUUAUAAUCUUAUGACAUAAUCCAGAAUUAGGAUGAUUGAUGGGUGAAUUAAACUCCAUCUCUAAGUAUUAUCAUUUAUAUAUAACUGAGUAAAAUGAAGUAAAUAUUUGUAAUACCUUGACAUUGUAUUCUGUUUCGAUUAAACUUAUCAUAUCGGGGGAACAGAACCGGAGAGUUAACGGACUAUAAUAUGCUCUCCUCUAGAGUGGGUUAUAUCACGGAAAAUUAAGUGAAGGUAAUUUAUUGUUGUUGCCACAUAAACUGUCAGGAGGAGAGUUGUUCUGUUUGUCGCAUCGUCACGAAAUAGGAUCUAAUGUUAUCGCAAUUUUUUAUUUCGGUAGAUGAUAACGGGACCUGGUGUUAUCAUGUAUUAGUAUGCUUUAACAGUUAAGGUUUGUUGAGGUCACUUAUCACACUAGUUCAUCAAUAAUGAAGAUUUAUGGGAAGUAAAUCUUUGUAUUAGAGACGUGAUUUUUUUUAUAUAAUGUCCAUUUUACUGCUGAGUUUAAUGGCUUGUAAAUAUAAAAUGUGUACAGUAAUUUUUUAUGCUUUAUGUUAUGUUAUCAUGUAUCAUUCUAUAAUAAAUUUAUGCAGGAAAACAUUGCUUAUAAAACUUGUAUUCCUCAAUAUUUUGUAAAAUUGCUAUGUUUUGUCCUGAAAAUUGUUCUGUGUUAAGUAGAGAGGCUGUAGGUGGUAUUUCUAUUACACUACAAGUGUAAUUCAUGGUCGGGUAGACCUAACUAUCAUCAUUAAAUCAGUUAUUCCUACAAGCUUGCAUGAGUUCGUAUAAUUUCACAUUUUCAUUGUAUUUUAUAACACUGUAGCCUUUCAUAACUGUAGAAUAUAUUAUGUACCAAAGUACUAAACUCAAGACUUGUGUUUAAUGUGACAAAGAUCAAAUCAGCUGAAGUUGACAUUUAUAUCAAAGAACUUUACCUAGAAAGACUAUAGUAUUUCCUGUAAGAGAUUGAUGGCUUCCUUUAAUACAUUCUUACCACAUAAGAUCACGUCUGUAUCUUUUGUUACCAGUAUUAUUAUUUUGAUGAAU